AUGUCUAAACAACCUAUUUCUUUAAAAGUUAACGCCGCUCUUUUCGAUGUCGAUGGUACUAUCAUCAUCUCUCAAGGUGCCAUUGCCGCUUUCUGGAGAGAUUUCGGUAAGGACAAGCCAUACUUCGAUGCUGAACACGUGAUCCACGUCUCUCACGGCUGGAGAACCUUCGAUGCUAUCGCCAAAUUCGCUCCAGACUUCGCUGACGAAGAGUACGUCACUAAACUAGAAGGCGAAAUUCCAGAAAAAUACGGCGAACACUCUAUUGAAGUCCCAGGUGCUGUCAAACUGUGUACCGCCUUGAACAACUUGCCAAAGGAGAAAUGGGCUGUCGCCACUUCUGGUACCUACGAAAUGGCUCACAAAUGGUUCGACAUUCUAAAUAUCAAGAGACCAAAAUACUUCAUCACCGCCAACGACGUCAAACAAGGUAAGCCUCAUCCAGAGCCAUACCUAAAGGGCAGAAACGGUCUAGGCUACCCAAUCAACGAAGCUAACCCGGCCGCCUCGAAGGUCAUCGUCUUCGAAGAUGCGCCAGCUGGUAUCCUUGCCGGUAAAGCUGCCGGCUGUAAGAUCGUCGGUAUUGCUACAACUUUCGACGAAAAAUUCUUGAUCGAAAAGGGCUGUGAUAUCAUCGUCAAGAACCACGAAUCCAUUAGAGUCGGUGGCUACAACGCUGAAACUGACGAAGUCGAGUUCAUCUUCGAUGACUACUUAUACGCUAAGGACGACCUAUUAAAAUGGUAA